CUGAGCUAGCCUCCGCUCCAUCAAAAAGCACAAGGAAGGAAGACGACCCUAGCUAAACCCUAGCGAAGGGAAGGAACCAAGACCAUGGAUGCCUCCAAGCUCCGCGAGCUUCGCGACUUCGUCGAGGCGUGCAAGAAGGACCCUUCCCUCCUCGCCGACCCCAGCCUCGCCUUCUUCCGGGAUUACCUCCAGAGUCUGGGUGCCAAAAUUCCACCCGCCGCUGCCGCCUCCUUCGAGAAGCCCAAGAGAUCUUCCAUGGACGACAUUGAUGAUGAUGAUGAUGACGGCGAUCUGGAUAUGAGGGAUCCCACUCCUGAGCCAGACGAGCUCGAUGAGGAGAUUGUUGAGUCUGAUCUUGAGCUUGAAGGAGACAUUGUACAGUCUGACCAUGAUGACCCACCACAGAAGAUGGGUGAUCCUUCGGUGGAGGUGACUGAGGAAAAUCGUGAUGCCUCUCAAGAAGCAAAAGGCAAGGCUAUGGAAGCAAUGUCUGAAGGAAAACUCGAAGAUGCUAUUGAACACCUUACCAACGCAAUUGUGCUGAAUCCACUCUCAGCAAUCAUGUAUGGUACUAGAGCAUCUGUGUUUAUAAAAAUGAAGAAACCAACUGCUGCCAUUCGUGAUGCCAAUGCUGCUCUAGAGAUCAACCCAGACUCUGCAAAAGGCUAUAAAACUCGUGGAAUGGCAUAUGCCAUGCUUGGCAAAUGGGAGGAAGCCGCUCGUGAUCUGCACACAGCAUCUAACAUGGAUUAUGAUGAGGAGAUCAGUGCUGUGCUCAAGAAGGUGGAGCCUAAUGCUCACAAGAUAGUGGAACAUCGCAGGAAGUACGAGAGGCUGAGAAAAGAGAGGGAGGAAAAGAGAGCAGAGCGUGAUCGGCUUCGUCGACGUGCAGAGGCACAGGCUGCUUAUGACAAGGCCAAGAGGAAGGAGCAAUCGUCAAGUCGCUCAUCAGGAGGUGCAUCUCCCAGAGGUUUCCCUGGAGGGAUGCCCGGUGGAGGUUUCCCUGGAGGGAUGCCCGGUGGAGGUUUCCCUGGAGGGAUGCCCAGUGGAGGUUUCCCUGGAGGGAUGUCCGGUGGGGGUUUCCCUGGAGGGAUGCCUGGUGGGGGUUUCCCUGGGAGUGGCAUGCCUGGAGGUUUCCCUGGGGGUGGCAUGCCUGGAAAUGUUGAUAUGAGUAAAAUCCUGAAUGACCCUGACCUGAUGGCAGCAUUCAGUGACCCAGAGGUCAUGGCGGCGCUACAAGAUGUGAUGAACAAUCCUGCCAACUUUGCUAAGCACCAAGCGAAUCCCAAGGUGGGCCCUAUCAUCACAAAGAUGAUGGCCAAGUUCAGUGGGUCCCAGUGAUUGUUGUGUGGCAGUCAGAUUUUGUGAGAAGCAAGCAAAGGCCCGUUGGACAGUGAACAGGUGUUUUCUUUUUGUGCAUCUGGGGGUGCCCGUUGGACAGUGAACAGGUGUUUUCCUUUUGUGCAUGUUGGGGUGCGUUUAGCUUGUGAUGAAGAACAUGAGUGAACUUUGUUUUUCUUUUUUGUGCAUCUAGAGAUGCGUUGAGCAUGUGAUGAAAAAAACACCAAAUGGCUCGAUGGGGAUGUAUGCAGAAAGUUGCUUUCGAACUUGAACUUGCCAGAGGAAAUAUUUACUCACGAUUCUCAAUUCACAGAUGCGGACAAUUUCUUGUACCCGUGUCUUGUGCUGAA